UUGCCGUAGCGGCAGUAUGCACCGAGUUGAUUUCUGUUGAUUUCCAUAGUGCAUCUGGAAAUAAUGUGGAAUUACAACCGGCUUUUCUCCUCUUCCUGCUACCACCAUGACCGACCAGUUUGUGUUUACGCCACUUGAUGAGAUCGAGAAGAUAUACAACGAAUUGAAAGUUACUUUCGCGUCUGGAAAGUCCCGGCCAAUUCCAUAUCGAAGAUAUCAACUUAUUCAGCUGGCAUACAUGCUGAAGGACAACAUAAAGCUAUUCGAAGAUACUUUGGCCGCGGAUUUGGGUAGGCCACAGCUUGAGGCCCGAAUGCUGGAUAUUGAUCCAAGUCUUGUUGAAAUAAAGUCGACCCUUUCCAGUUUCGAGAAAUGGGCAAAACAAGAAAGUGCACCGUUUUCGAUCAACUUUUCUGCAAUGCUCCCCGUUAUUCGCAAGGAACCGAAGGGCGUAGUCCUCAUCAUCAGUCCAUUCAAUUAUCCUUUGUUCCUUACAAUUCCGCUCAUGGCAUCUGCCAUUGCUGCAGGCAAUGCGGUCAUAAUCAAACCCUCAGAAAACACUCCCGCCACUACGACUUUGCUUGCAAAUCUUGCUGAAAAGUAUCUGGACACCUCUCUCAUUCGUGUCAUUAAAGGAGGAGUUACUGAAACUACAAAGCUACUAGAAUACACUUGGGGUCAUAUUUUGUAUACUGGUGGGGGUAAGAUUGGCAAACUCAUCGCUGCCGCAGGAGCUAAGACGCUUUCGCCGGUGUCAUUGGAGCUUGGAGGCAAAUCACCCGUAUUCAUUGACUCAAAAUGUGACCUGAAGAUGGCUGCGAAGAGGCUGUUGUGGGGAAAAGCAGCGAACGCAGGUCAGACGUGUGUCGCACCGGAUUAUAUCAUUGUACAGCAAGAUUUCCAGGACAAAUUUGUUGAGGCGUUGCAACAGUCGUAUCGCGAGUUCUAUCCAGAUAAGGCAUCAGCUCCGGGACAGAUGUCUCGUUUGGUUUCACAGCAGGCAUUCAAUCGCGUCAACAAUCUGCUCAAAAACACGAAUGGUACGAUUGUGAUUGGUGGUGACACAGAUGAAGGCACGAAAUAUAUCGGCCCUACCGUUGUGAAAGAUGUGAAGCCAGAGGAUUGUCUCAUGUCUGAAGAAAUAUUCGGGCCCAUUCUUCCAAUUAUGCCUGUGAAUAGUAUUGACGAAGGACUGGCAUAUGUGAAUGCCCAUGAUCACCCAUUGUCGGUGUAUGUUUUCUCUCAAGACAGUGCCUAUAAAGCAAACAUCUUCGAUAAUACGCAAAGUGGCUCAGCUAUGGCCAAUGAGACCAUUAUUCAUCCAGCUGUGUAUGGUUUGCCCUUCGGAGGAACAGGACCAAGUGGAUCCGGUUACCACACAGGAAAAUAUGGGUUCGACAUGUUCACUCAUCUGCGAUCUUCCCUGGACUCUCCUGGGUGGCUGGAUAUGCUUCUAGGAUUCCGUUACCCUCCUUACACAACGGCUAAAAUCAAAGCCAUGGGCCGUUUUAUGAACCCAAGCUUGCCUGCUCGACCUAAAGGUCCCCCAGAGGAACAUGUAAGUCGGCAUUCCUGGUCAAAGUGGUUCACCUUCUUGUUAGCUCUUGCUUUGGCCGGAGGCUUAAUGAAACGUCAAUCUAAGACGUAAUAAAUUUGCUGAGCGAAUAUUGGAAACAGGUGGGAUUAAAGUAUAUGUGUAGUAUGUUUCAACAACCGAAAUCGGAUC